CCGAACAUUGACCCUUACUCAUCCUACAGAGAACUAUUUAGCUCCAUGAGUUGAAGCUUGGAUGCACACAUAAUCUGCAGCACCAUGACUGUUAAACAACCCCAAAUGAAUUUAAAAUUCACUGAGUCCUCACGGCUCACUACAGCUUGGAGCGACACUAAGAAUUUGGCCACAUACAGGAACUUCAAGUCUGGAUUGCUGCACGAACGGGUGCUGAACACAUAUCGGCUGAUGCACACUAACCAGACAGUGGCAUUCGUUAAGAAGAAGAUCUCUCGAUGGGCCUCAUGUUCACAGGCUCAGAUGACGGUGAUGGAAGCUCUUCAGGCACUUGAUCAAAUAGUGGAUGAAUCUGACCCUGAUGUUGAUUUUCCAAACUCUUUCCAUGCCUACCAAACAGCAGAAGAAAUACGGAAGGUCCAUCCUGGCUUGGACUGGCUCCAGUUAGUUGGGUUGCUGCAUGAUAUUGGAAAAAUCCUCAUUCUCUGGGGGGAACCACAGUGGUGUGUGGUUGGAGACACCUACCCAGUUGGGUGCAAGUUUCGAGAUUCCAUUGUUUAUAGGGACUCCACAUUUUCAGACAACCCAGACCUUAAGGAUCCUAGAUACAGCUCGUUUUAUGGGAUGUAUGAACCUAACUGUGGGUUGGACAAAGUACUGAUGUCAUGGGGACAUGAUGAGUAUCUAUACAAUGUGCUGAAAACUAAUGGGUGCAAACUUCCUGAAGAGGGACUGUAUAUGAUCCGCUUCCAUUCAUUCUACCCCUGGCACACAGAGGGAGAUUACAUGCAUCUCUGUAACAGCAAAGACCUGCAAAUGCUUCCAUGGGUUAAAGAAUUUAACAAGUUUGAUCUGUACACCAAGUGUGAUGACUUGCCCGAUAUGAAGAUGUUGCAGGCCUACUAUCAGCAACUAAUUGAUAAGUAUUGUCCAGGAAAACUGCACUGGUAAUCAGCAGAACAUAUUCAACCUCAAAUCAAUGCUCUAAUCUUGGAUCAACAGCUUCAGAACCAGAACAACUUUCCCUCAAAAUGGCUGCUUACCCGGAAUUAAACACUAUGUGGCAUUGGAUUCCAACUUUAGACUAGGAUCCAUUGGGUUAAUCUAACUGUGACUUCCACAGGUCAGACACACAUCCUAUUGACCUGUAUGUUUUCAUUUUAAAUAAUUAUUCUCUGCAUUCAUAAACCACCUUGUGGACUGUUCCCUUGCUGUUGUAAUAGGGAAUGAAUCACAUCCAGUUACUCUGUUUUUCACAUCACCGCUCCACUUGCUAUCAAAUCUUACACAGUUUGAGUCCUUGAAGCUAAAUAUAUUUUAAUUAGUAAUAGUGAUUCUUUUAAAAUAAAAAAAAUCUGGAUUUAGUGGGUUACAGUGGAGUAGUUGGGUAAACUGAGGGAACAUACACCACUUUGGCUCACACAAAUACCUAGUUUUAAACAAUUUAGGUGAGGAAGGUACUCCCGUCAUCGCUGCGUCGGCUGUUCAGGCAGUGGGUCUACAGCUCAGUUUCUGACUGCUAGAGCCCAGGAAGCACAAACUCAAGAUAGAAAUAAAGAGCUGAGUGAAGGCUGCAAGGAGGUUUCCUGGUUUCCUUCAGUGUAAUAAUGAGGAGUCAGCAAGGAUACAAUGCAAACAGUUAGGGAACAAGCUUUAGAAUAAUUAACUGCAGGUGGGGAAGUAGAGAAUAGGCCAGUCCAGAGCAGGAGGGUUGCAGGAAGCUUGCUAAAACAGCAGUUCCAGUUUGACAGAACAACCUUAACUACCCUGUUGUUUCUAUGGGUAUUACAACAACUAUUGUUACUUAAUAAACACAACAGCACUGAAAUUAGGGUCACUUGCAGUUACUAAUUUAAGUGUCUUCACUAAAAUUGUGAUUGCUACUCAAAGCUUCCCGACUAAUAAAAUGCUGUACCACUCCUUCA